UUAUGAUGUCACAGAAUUACCCGCCGUUCUAUUUAUGUGGAGGUCUUACAGCUUCUCUGAAGCGCCACAAAAUCUGUGUUUUCAGAUGGAUUCGUCAACAGAACAAACGGAAAUUUCACCCACAGACUUAAACAAUCUGAAGUCUGUGGCUGCGCCGGCUGAAGAAACCAGUGUCGACAGUGCCAAACGGUAUGAAAAGUCGGAUCGCUGGCAUAAGCCUGUUGUUGACAGUAUGCAGGCAACGGAAAUUCCUUGUGUGAAACCAAAAUAUGGCUCAAAAAUUAUUGGCCUGCCAGAAGAAAACAUCAAAUACAAAAGAAAGCCAAAGAAAAAGAGGUGGAAGAAAGUUGAACCAACCGACAUGGGUUUUAGACUUUCCCUUUUCCCUAGGGUACCAGUAGUUGUAGCUGAAAAUGAUAUGCAGCAGGAAGCCGAUUGCUUAUCAGCUGUCCUGGAAGAAAUGAAUGACACAGAGGAAAAAGUUCGUCCAUUCUGCAGUCUUUUAAGGCUGGAAGGAUCAAGCAGCACCAAAGACAAACUAGUGCGGAAAGACAGCAACCGCAGAGAAGUCAAAGCUCACAAACAGAUAAAAACUAAAAACAUUACCUCUCUGUUAAACAACCAUGGAAGAAAAACGCUGUAUAUCCACUUCAGAAUUUACAAGAUGCACCCCUUCCUCCAUUGCUCUGCUCACUGCCACCCUAAUCUUCCACAACCACCCAAAAAAGAGGGAGUGUGCCUGGAGGUGGCAAAGUCAAUUAUGAAAGCUGAGGCAAAACUGGCGACUUCUGUCAAUAGAUCGAUUCGCAGAUCCCGCCCUCCUCCACCUCAAAACCCUUCUCAUGAGUUGCAUAGUGGCAAUGCAUCCUCGGACCUCCCUGUGGAUGUUCUGUCCUUUUUCAUCAAUCUGCAGCACCGAGAAAUGACACCAGAAGACUAUGAAAUGCUUCUGAUGCUUGAUGAAAGUGUUGCCCCUAAAACCCUUGAUGAGAGUGCUCUGUGCUGUUUCCAAACUGAUGUUGUGAGUGAGGUCACUGCUGGGGAUAUAUGUUCUGUGUGCAUAGAACCCUAUGAAAUUGGACAAGAGCGCAAGUUCUUGCCAUGUUCCCAUGUGUUUCAUGUAAAGUGUAUUGACAUGUGGCUGAAGAACUCUUCCAGGAACUGCCCUUUAGAUGGAUUACCAAUUGAUCCUGUAUCCUAGCAUUAUAUUUUAUGCUAAUUUGUUUUCAGGGUUUGAGAAAGUGAAUCUUCUAAACUUCAGUACCACUUAAACUACAACAUUAACUUACCGCUUCGUGCACCAGUCAAGAAUGUGACAUGUCUUGGGUUCCAUCAGUUGGAGUAGAUAGUUUUUCCAACAAGUAUUUUAGCUAUGGCUUGUAUGCAAAUUGUAAUAAUUGUGUGUUGAUAUCUUGAGCAUCCUUCUUCUACUACUGACAACAUGUUAUGCCUUCAGUGCCCUUAGUUGAAAAAAAUCAGUAAGAUCUCUUUUUGUCUCAAAGCAUUGAUCAUUAAAGCAGUGCCAUUGUUAUAACAUUUUUAACUAAAAAACAAUGAUUAUAUCUGUUUAUCAUAGGAGAGUGAAAAACAUCUUCGUCACUAUAAGAUGUGUAAAUAUCAAUGUAGGUAAGUUUGAUGUGAUAAGGCCAAUAAAGUGUAAACUAUUUUUCCUUUUUGUUACAGUUGAGUUAUUGUAGAUUUACAAUAAUUUGCAGACAAUAUGUGAUGCAUUGCACAUCUAUUCUGGAAAACUACUACAAUGUAGCUAGCCAGGAAAAAUAGUUUUGAUCAUUGUCGAUCCCUACUCUGUGGUUAGUGGCAGGUGUUUGAAGUUGAAUUUUAGUGAGUAGUCAAGAUCUAAGUUUGUAUUGUUUGGUCCAUCAUGUCAAACAAGAAAAACAAGCAAAUUUGUGCAUGUUCAGCUGUAUGACACCAGUAGAAUAGACAAAACUGGGGAGGCAGUGCCUUUGUUACAGCAGAUUCAUAAUCACUACAGCAUAAUCAUUUGAACAUUUUAUACAUGGAUUUUGUUAGUAUUCUACUAUAAUCUUCUUUAAAAGUUUCAUCACAGUUAAUAUUCUUUGUAUUUCUCUGAUACAGUUAGAAAUUGUACUUCUCUGCUAGCAUUGGAGAAGUUUUUAAAAAUGUGAGCUACACAAAGAUUUUUACCAGAUUAUAUUGUGUCACUUGUAUUUGUAUACAUGUGCAUCAUUAAAAAAAGGUUUAUAAUAAAAAAAAAAACACUUUUAAUUUAGUAACUUUUUUGUUGAUCUGCAUUUCUACUUGCAUUGUUCAAAGAAUAAUGUAUUUGAAAAUGUGUAUCAAAUGCUAUUGUUGGACAGUUAAAGACAAUUAUAUAUGUUUUAUGUUCAUAACAUGUCAUAAAUAUUAAUAUAUAUUAUUUACAUAAUACUAAUUGUUAUCAGUAUGGCUUAUAGUUGAUGAUUUAUGAAUUUUUUUUAAUACAUGUUUGUUUAUUUACAACUGUGUGUACGUCACCACCAGUCUUUCUGAUUGUUGCCUAUACCGCAGUUAUUUGUUUGGAUAAUUUAAGGAUGAAACGUGAAUUUCUGGCUGUGUUCACUGUGCAUGUGUGUAUAUGUUGUAUGUUUGCCUGAUUGUAAUGCUCUGUCAUGUGACAUCAUUCUUGCUGCACCUUGUAUUUUUUGAGCUCGCCUCUGUGUUGGGAUAUGCGCUAUAUAAAUCUUGUUAUCAUUAUUAUAUUAACUGAUCGAUGGAGAUCGAUUUUCGUUGACCAUUGUGAUAAAAUCUAAAGAAAUAAUAUAGCAUAAUGUUUUGUGAUUCCAGUAUCGAAAAUAAAGGAUAGACUGUGA